AUGAACGAGCCCAAUUACUUCAAUGUUCCUCAUGGAACGACUGCGUCUCCUGCCUUCGCCGCCGCGGCUUUCACGGCAUCCAAACCAAAAUAUGAAAACCUAAUGAAACACCACCCGAGCCUUCCUUCAAUGCCGGAGAAUAUGUUCUCGUCUCCUCUUACUUCAAAUGCUGCUACGCCUCGGCCAUCCUAUCGACAAUCCCUAUCAUCCUCUAGUUUCGGUGUGGACCCCCCACGGCCUCCUCGUGAUGGGUUCGACGCCACUCACCUUCCAGGGGUUCGAACCAACACAGCCAAGACCACCCUCCAGUCCCUUUGUGUCGGAAUCGGCGCACGUUCUCUCUUUGCAGCAUCCUUCCGUCACGCGCUUCUCAGAUCAAUUUCCAGAUUCCAGCGAUAUGUCCCCCAGCAUGAACAGCACAGACUCGAUCUCCCCGAUGAACAAUUCUGGCAUAAACGGACACACAAGCACUCCUCCGUCUUCACCGCCCAGUUCCAUGGGCUUUUAUGUCAAAGCAAAGAAGAGCCUCGAAUCAAAGCUGAAAUUGAAGACUCGCAAAGAGGUUCCUGGCUCAAAGAUGGUGCAGCGAAGCCCAAGCUCCGACGAAGACUCUUUGGCAGGGCGCCGUGGGCACGCAAGGAAUCAGCAGGGUCUUUCAGCAGCGUAACCAGCUCUGUGAGGGAGAUACUCAAAGGUGAGACUCCCCCUCCCUCGGCAGCCUCAAGUUAUACUUCUUUACAUGUCAACUGCGUUAAUGGCCAGUUUCCUGGAGGGGAGGCAAGAAGAAUAAAGACACCACCUCUAGCCGAAGAUACUGCGAACGGUCGGCCACGCUCAUUCUUCACUGAGACGGUUCCUCCCACAGAAGAUGACGGAAUGGAGUCUUCAUCAAGAAGGAACUCUCUCCAAACAGUUCGUCGCCAGAGCAUCGUUGCGGACACUUACGAGUGGUGGGAAAAGAUGCCCAAGAAACCCGUUCGCAGGAGCCCUUUUCAAGAACGACCUCCUUUUGAAUUUCAACUACCGGAACAUCUUCCCAGCAGCCCAAUGUGCCCGGCCAACGAGAAACACGUCAGUGGUGGGACUGGCGUCUGUGUCUACCAUGGGCGCAGGAAGUGUGCAUCUAGAUUGGCGCCAGUGUGA